AUGCCUGGACCAUUGAGAACUACAAAUAUUGUAUUUGCGUAUCCGGAGCCUCCACAACGAGAAAAGCCCAAUCCCAAAUAUUCUCUACCAACGCCCAAGCUCACUGAUGCACAUCAACACUUUUCAAAUCAGAACCAUGUCGAUGCUUCUCUGGAAUCGGUGCGUCCAAAACCCAACUACUCCUCCCGAAUGAGCACAAUGGGUGAGGUGAUUAAAUUGGACGAUAAUAUUCGUCCUCAAACGAGUCAUGGAGUUGCUGGUGAACGGAAUUUGAGUCGUUUUUCUCCUUCUAGUCCUACCUUUUCGCACAACAACAGUAGUCAUCAUUCAAAGAUUCAUCACAGUCCCUCACAAACCAAGGCCGAUCAUCACAAACAUAGACACAGUCUCAGUAGCGAGAAGAAAAGUAAGCAUCCUGAAGGUGGUGUUUCACAUUCUCCUCAUGCGGUGUCAUCAUUACAAGCGGUAGAGGGCUCAACGGCCGCAGCCUCAUCCGAAUUAGCUCAUAAACCAGAAGCAACACCUACAGGACAGGAAGUAUCUGUUUCAAAUGACAAACCAGCAGUUGAGGAACCCGUAAUGAGUAAAGAGCCUCAAUUACCCACCAGCAGUAACGAAAAACCUAGUUCUCGAUCAGCUCGUCACACAUCCUCCAUUAGUAUGAGCGAAUCUGUAGUUGCUGAGGGGGAGACAGUCUUUUGGAAGCGCAAAAAUAGAGAAUCUAGAAAAGACGAUAAGUUGACAAUAGGUCUAGCUGAAUACUUUGAGAAGAAGGACGAAAAUCAAGUGCAACCAUUAUUGAGAAAGAAGGCUCCUCCACCAACUCCAAGAAAAGAAGCCAUCAGUCGAGUGAAAGUCGUGGAGCCACCUCAACCAAAAGAAGAACCUCGUGUUUCACGUGUCAAGAGAUCAGCUCCACCCACCAUUCCUGAGAAGAACAGAGGAAAGGCAAAGCCAAAAACAACCACAAAAUAA